CAUGCACAAACAGUAUCACUUGAGUGGAUGAGCUGUCAGUUUCUGGAUCAUUACCAGCCCCUAGAUGUGGCCAUACAGCUACUAUGGUUGAGAAACGGUUGCUUGUUUAUGGUGGUAGAGGUGGUGGUGGGCCAAUCAUGGGUGAUUUAUGGGCCUUGAAAGGUCUUUUUGAAGAAGAGAAUGAAGUACCUGGAUGGACCCAAUUGAAGCUUCCAGGUCAAGCACCAUCUCCUCGUUGUGGGCAUACACUUACCUCUGGAGGGCACUAUCUGUUGUUAUUUGGAGGACAUGGAACUGGUGGUUGGCUGAGCCGUUAUGACAUAUAUUACAAUGACUGCAUUGUUUUGGACAGAGGUAAUAAUUCUUCGACAUGCCAUUUUUGAGCUCUAUUUGUUUUGUGCCAUCAUGCAAGCAACCCGUCUAUUUUUUUUUUGUGUGCUAGUGAUGUCUAAUUUACUUGUAUUUGUUAGAAUGAGUUGAGAUAAUCUAUUACUAUGUUGUUUCUACACCAUUGGUACCUACAUGUGAACUUUAGCAAUCUCUAACUUUAGGAAUUGAUGACUUGUUGGAUUAUUCACAAUGGGUAACUUGGAGGGUGGCAACUUCACUUUUUCGUCAUGCAAUGUUAAGCUUAAAAAUGAAGUAUUGAAUAUUAAUAGAAUUUAGCUAGGCCCAAGAAUGCAACUUGAUUAUCAACUUCUUAAUCCUACUCGCUUUAAAAUUUCCUAAAGAAAAAGUGUAGGAAAGAUUAAGAUUAAUUUGCUUACGUAGGAUUUGGAAAUAAGAUCAUGUACGUCAGUUGUUAAUGUAAUAAGUCUUAAGUAAUAUAUGUAAGGUUUUGUUGCAUCAUAUAAUAAAAAAAUUGAGGAACUCUCAAAGUAUUUUAUUAAUUAAUUGAAUU